AUGACGGAUUUAGGAAUAGCAAUUGAGCGUAUGGAACAACUCAAAGAAUCUAUAGACAUUGUAAAUACAAUAGUUAUUUUAGGGAUACCUAUGUAUCUGUGCUGCAUUCGUUUUAUUGAUGCAAGUUGGAUUUGCAUUCCUUGAAGGUGGAUGUCUUAGGUAUAAGGACAUGCAAAGUAUAAUGCUCAAAAUAUUUAUGAACACCUGUGUUACUGUUGUAAUUUGGUGGCUUGUUGGCUAUGGAAUUGCCUUUGGAAGUGAUUCAAAAGAAUUCGUUGGAUCAUCUGUUUUUGUGGGAUUCGAUAUGAAAAAUUCUAAACAUUUGGCAGAGUUUGCAUUUCAGACAGCUGUUGCCUCUGCUGCUACUAGCAUAGUUUCAGGAGGUGCUGCUGGUCGUAUGACCUACAUCGGAUACUUUAUAUUAUCAGUCGUGUUUUCUUCAGUUAUAUACCCAUUCUGUGCUCAUUGGGGAUUUGGAAAUGGAUGGUUAAUGAAAUUAGGAUAUCAUGAUUAUGCUGGCAGUGGUACCAUUCAUGCUUCUGCUGGUAUGGGUGCUUUGAUGACAACCAUGCUGUUAAAACCAAGAAAUUAAAGGUUUAAUCCAAAAUAUGCAGAACACUUUGAACCUAACAACCCAAUUUAUAUCACUUUAGCCUGUCUAUCUUUAUGGGUCUGUUGGUGCUUCUUCAAUGGAGGAUCCUCCUUAGGUAUUGCCAAUGGAGCUAGUGUUUUUAUGAGUCGUGCCAUUAUGAAUACAUUCAUCGCUGGAGCUUCAGGAGCUUUAACAGUUUUCUUUAUUUUCUAUUUAAUGAACAUCGACCAAGGUAAUAAAUAUUCCUUAGUCAUGAUUUGCAACGGCAACCUUGCUGGACUAGUAGCCAUCACUGGGUAAUCUGAUAUUCUUAUCAUUUUAGACCUUGUGAUAAUGUUGAUGCUUGGGCUGCAUUUGUUAUUGGAAUACUUGGAGGUAUGAUGAUGGUAUUUGCCAACAGAGUCCUAUUCAAUCUGUAGAUAGAUGAUCCUGUUGAUGCUAUUUCAAUCCACUUUGUAUCCAUUUUCAUUUAUUUAGGCAUGUGGAAUGUUGGGAGCCAAUUUGGUAUCAUGGUUUGACAUGGAUACAGGAAUUGUCUAUGGAAAAGGAGGCUAUUAAUUCGCUGUUCAAAUGCUGGGAUCCUUCAUAUAUAUUGGAUGGUCUGCUCUCAUUCAUUUGAUAACACUUCUAUUUAUUGAUAAAAUAGGAUUUUUGAGAGUAACAUUGGAAGAAGAACAUGAGGGAUUAGACCCUGCUACCAUGGGAUGCUGUGCUUAUGAAAUGGUUGAAUUAUAAUAAUGACA